AUGGGGCUACACAGGGCCUUAUUUCUGUGGUGGCCGCUUUUGAUGGUGUCGGUCACCGUGUCUCUUGCACAAGAGAAUGCCUAUCGUUUUAUCAAUAGUCAGGCGUCUUCCACACAUGGACCUCAAUUCGACGCCCUUCAAGCGAUUCAGGCUGGCCAAGGCUACUGGUCCAGUUCAGGUCACCAUUCUAACGACGAGGAAGUCACCUGGACAGGAUUUUUCUCGGCACCAGCAUACCUAAAGGGUCUUCGCGUAAGAUGGGCGUACUCCCCUGAGGAAGUACAAGUUUCUGUGUCUCCUGAUGGGGCAAACUGGAACAUUGCAAUGCCCUACAAGAGAACUCCCAGCAAUGACGUUGCCUUCAAUGAGGAGAUGGUGUUCGAUCAUCCGCACACUGCGAAGGCAGUGAAGAUCUCUAUGCGCAAAGCAAUUCACGACUUUUUUGGCAUCAACGAGGUGGUUCCCCUCAGCGCUGGAGAACCGCUGGCGAUGCUUAUAUCUGGUAUCACCAGCGAAACCGGAGAAAUGUGUCUGCAGGUGGAAGGGGGCCAGUACAACCAGGAAGGUGCAACGGUCGUCCUCGAUAGAUGUGCAAGCGCUUUCGCGGCUGGAGACGGACGAGAGUUGUGGCGGACGAAUGCAAAUCAGCAGUUCAUCGCCGCCAGGAGCAAGCCUCCUAAAUGCAUGACACUGCAAGACGGCAAUACCGCCGAGGGCGGUAACAUCGUACUAGUUGACUGUCUACAUGCCCUUGAAGAGGCCGACGGACGUUCCAGCUGGACCGUGGAGGCUAACUCACAACUUCGCCUACAGAGAACUGGCUCUUUUUGUUUAACGCUGGAAGACAUCCAUGGCAACCAACCCGGUGUCGGUGACAUCGCGAGGUCGUUCGGGGCCAGCGCUACAUCUUCCAGUGUCGCUGAUGAGGCGCAUAGUCCAGCGAAGGCUGUCGAUGGGGAUCCGACGUCUUAUUGGGCAUCCGGCGCGUUUGGUGAUGCUGACCAUCAUCAAGUGGAGUUCGAUAUCAAUUUAGGGAAGCCUGCAACUGUUUCUGGCGUGAGCAUCGACUGGGAAUACCCUGCCCUCGCCUACCGCAUAGAAGGAAGCCUCGACGGGCAUGCGUUCAGCGAGUUUGCGAGCAAUGUAGCUAACCCGUCGAAUUCCACUCUCGAGGUGUUUGCGGGCCGGGAAGCGCAGGUCAUCAGAAUAGCUCUUCUACAGCCGCACUCUAAGCAUGGGAAAGUUGGCGACAAAUACGUUUACGGCAUCAGAGGCGUUGAGGUUCUUGCCAACCGGCUGCAGACGGUUGUUGGCGAUUGUAGGGAGGCGGCGAAUUCCGCGGAUGCUAGAGACAAGUUUUUUGUCGAGUCAACCUCGGCUUUUGAUCCUGCAUUUGCGGACAAGGUCUCGUCGAUGGAUUAUGAUGUCAUCGAUCGAACUAGAGCCUUGGGAAAAAAGACAGAAGAGUUGUACACUGCUCUUCCUCACGCCAAGACUUGCGUGUCCCAAAAAAAAGACUACGGGGAGCGGCUUAAAAAGGCAAAAGCCGAAUCUUCCACUAUAGCUGGGCAGUACGACUAUUUUACGCAACUGCAGUCAUCGAAGCCAGUGACGCACCCUGAGCUGAGCCCUGGAGCACUACACCAGGCAACGUUGGGGUCAGGUGAUUCGGCUAGUUACCCUGCUGAAGAUUGCUAUGCCGUGAAGAGCCAAGACCCCGCAGCAGCGUCGGGAUUUUACUGGAUCUUGCCACGCUGUGCUCCAGAGCCGUUGCGGGUGUACUGUGACAUGAAGAGUGCCACUUCGAUGUUCUUUUGGAAUGGGGCUCCCGGUGCCAAACCAGCUGGAAACAUCAAUGACAAAGUCGAUUCUCUGGGAAGCAUCCGCCUUCGUUGUGCAGAAGUGGGGCUCGAACCGCUUGUGCUGCGAUCGGCGGAUCAUCUGCAAGCUGUAAAGGAUGCUAUCGAACUUAUCGGUUAUAGCGGAUCCGGUGUAAUCCCUCUGGCGUACGACUACGGAUGCAUCAACGGGCGGUGCACCGGAAGCUUUCGGGACCUGUAUUCGGGCAGUACCGACCUUACGGCCCUACUGAUGUCCCAGUCUUCUCUAAGCACGGAACUCGGGCGCAUGACGCCUGCCGCAGGCGUUGGGCUUGCUGGGAGUGAAACUUCAUAUUUCGACAUGGACACUUCUGAUAUCGCGGGCAUUGUCUGCUCGACGAAUGCUAUGGAAGGCGAAGACGUUCUGCCUCACGUGGAUAUCUCAUGUGAUGCAACUGCGGGGGAGCACGAGGCGUUUAGGGGCAUCUUGAAUACAAAUGUUGUCGUUGAGUGCCCUCCAGGAUGUGAAGAACAUUCAACACUGCCCGUGUAUGGCACGGGAGGAGUGUACUCAGACUCCAGCUCUGUGUGCCGGGCAGCCAUUCACGCAGGCGUACUUAAGUCAGGAGGGGUUGUAAGCGUUUCUCUGGAGUCACCAAGGGAGUCAUACGAAGGGUCGAGUAGAAACGGCGUCAAGUCAAAAUCGCUGAACACACCAAAUAUGGUGGAACUGGUAAAUCUUGUAACCGGAGAAGCCCUCCGGGGAGAGCUUCCAAGCCGUUCCCGGGGCGUGUCUCUUCGAAGUAUCCGAGUCGGUCCGGUCGCGAGGGAUUGUCCGAUUGAAAGCUUUGCCGCCCCAGCGUCGUCAUUUAUCGAGCUUAGCUCCUCUGUGAGUCUCGAAGCUGGCUCUGAGGUUUCGGAGACCCCCAUCGAGAAGCAAGAGGACGUCAUGCUGGACCCUGCAGUAGCCCUCGUUAUACAACAAAUGCUGAAGGAGAUGGAUGCAAUACACGGAGUGGAUCCGGCAGCAGUGUUCGCCUCUCAGGCUGAAGCGGCCGAAGCUGUUCGCCAGGUGAAGAAAUACCUAAAAGCUGCAGAACUGUUACAAAGAAAACAGACUGGAGAAACAGAGGAACUGUACGUCGAAGGCGAAGACCUGAUGACCCGAGUUUUGGCCGAAUCUGGUCGCUAUUUCAACAAGUUGGAGGAGUUUUACGUUAAACUUGAACGAGCCGAGGAAGAGCGACUUGAGGAAGCUGGAUUUUCUUCAUUCCAGGUCAACUACGAAGCGAUGCCGUUUUCGCAAACAUUUGUUCUCUUCGACACACUUCGGACCAAAAACGGCCCAAGCAGCUGGGGAUACUCAGAAGACGCGGUGGCAGGUCACAAAAACACAAUAGUUCAGACAUCAGGUAUUCUCGGGACUCAAGACGGAGAGGGGACAUUCGCGAUGCUGAAGGGCCGCCGAUUUUUUGACUUUGUCGCCCUUGCGGACUUCUACGCUGUCGGCUCUGGUAGCGUCGGGGUAGCUGUCCGUAUGAGAGAUCCAAACAACCUGUUCUUAUUUGAGGCCAACAAGGAGAGAGGUUACAAGAGAUUGAUGCGGAUCGACAAGGGGGAUGCUAUCAUUAUCGCUCAAAAAGAUGACGGAGGAUACGAUGAGGCGAAAUGGUAUCGCCUCAGAAUCGAAGCGACGCAUGGUUAUAUCAGAGUGUGUUUCGGGGAGCCUGAUAGCAACCUCGGCGAGGUUUUCAGUGUGCUAGAUGAGCGGUUCCUCUCCGGUUCCCUCGGAUUGUACUCAUCUGGAAUGGACGGGGGCGUGUUCUUCGAUAACAUCCGCGUCAAAGCAAAAGCCUGUUCCCACAUCUCGAAAGAAGCCCCUCCUCUUCCACCACGCUGUGCACGAUUCACCGAAAUGUAUCUAGAACAGCCGGGAGCUCUUUACGAGACAGUCUCUCUCAGAGACGUCGAUAACAAGGGCGCCUGGCUCUAUAAAGCUCAUGUAGCAGGCAGAAAAAAAGCGCUGCAACCCCCAGAUCCGGCAGACGACGGCGCCUCCCGAUCAACUGCUGUUUUGAGAUCACCGAAGCUAUGCAAAGAUGGAAACUUCUUAUUUGACUUCCACCACGCUUGCCCUGGCGGUGUCGUAGGAGCGAUUUUCCGCUACCAGACACCGAGCCAACAUCACGUCGUGGAAGUGACCGGAUCUCAGAUGACACUGUAUCGGGUGGAGAACAACACAAAAUCAACAAUAGCAAGCAAGGCAAUCAAGCCUCACAUCGGAGAGUGGAAUACAAUGGAGCUACAGUUCGAUGGCCGGCACGUCGUGGCUCUGUUGAGUACUGCUGACGGACACCAAGAAUCUCUCCGAGCGACCUUGCCAGACCGAGGCGGUCAUGGCCACGUCGGGCUCCUCAGCGCAAACUGUCGCCAACAUGCGUUUGACCGCCUCGCUGUCUCGCCGCCAAAAAUUCUUGAAGAAACAGCGAGCCAUGGCCACUUGUCACGCGAAAAAGCAUGGGUUGUCUGUCCGAGGUCUGUCCAUCUAUUGCAGCGCCGCAGCGAGUGUGAGAAGAUGGCGCCGAAUAAGAGUGGAGUGCACCAACUAGAGUGCACUAGUCAGUUCUGCGAGCAGUGCUGCCACUACCACACUGCGCUUCUCGGGAAAGGCGAGGAAGAUGCAUGCCGCAAUACAUGUCGCAAGAACGUGCCCAUAGUUGAACGCCUUCAAACAAACUUCAUCGGCAAGCUCAGACAGUGCAUGGACGUUAAUGGCGAUGCGUUCAGCCACUGCACUGAGGAGGAUCUCGGAUGCCCCCUGGAGGCGUGCAACUUCUGCUGUGCGACAAGUGAAGGAGCCGAAGACAUCAAUGGCAUCCCAAAGAGUCUCGUUGAGGGCUUGAGCACGGCUGAAACCGAGGAAUGCAAGUUCCAGUGUAGCCGAAAGUUUGACUGA